AUGGGAAAGAAGGCACGGUUGAAGAGAUUAUGUAUCUCAUUGUACCAGGCUAUCGCGUCAAAGGUAAAAUCACAAAAGAAAGGAGAGUUCCGGGAUGACAACGUGUUGAGUGCUGAAGCAAGAAGAAAGAUUACUGAGCGGGCGCAUAAUUUAAUGUUCCAGCUGAGUGGAACUGAGAAGAAAGUGACUUACAAUGUGGAUGAGUCGUUGGUGAUUUCACGCGUCAUGCAACAGAUUUGUGACGAAGUGUACACAAGGGAUGGAGUGUCAUUUAUUCAACAGUAUUAUCUUAACAAAGGAUUGAAGAUUUUCAAAGAACGAGGCAAAGAAGCUGCGCUCAAGGAACUUGAUCAACUGAUCAAACGAAGUUGUUGGACACCCAUCAGUAUUGGUGAAUUGACUGAGUCCAAGAAGAGGAAAGCAGUCGAUGCAAUGAUGUUACUGGCAGAGAAAAACAGUGGUGAUAUCACAGGUCGUUUUGUAUAUAGGAAAUGA